AUGGACCCAACCGAGCAAACGCUCCAGCUCCGAGAAAAAAACGAAAGUUCCUGGCGGGGCGACGUUUUCGUUCCGCCGGGGAAGUUGGACUCGUCUUUGAAGAAAAACACCGGCUUCAUCAAGAAAGUCCGAACCUCACUCAAUGCGCAAAACUAUGUGAGCGUGUUGAAAGAUAUCGGCUCCUUGAGCUUGGAGAAAUACGUCAGUGAGGUUUCUUCUGCUGUGGUGGAAGGCGUGAGCAAAAUUUCGAAAACAGAGGACUUUCAGGCGUCUGUGGCGGUGAUAUCGGCACUUCACCAGCGGUUUCCGGUUUCUUUCACUCCGCAGUUUCUUUCGGCCAUUGUCAAUGGCGAAAUGAACAAAGACACCGAGACGAGUCUUGCCACGCUGCGGCUGCUGCUCCGGCUCUUGAUGGAGUUGCUGUUUGUUGGCAUUGGAACUCAGUUUUCCCAAUGCGAUAAGUCUCUUUUGGGCCCACAGGCGAGUAAAUUUUGCACCAAGUACGAAACUCAGCCGAUUGUUCUUCCUUUGCUAAAGCACUUCAUGUCUUACCGCUUUGAAGACGGCUUUGCCUUGCCUGUCGUGGUGUCGCUCUCGAAGAGAUAUGGCGACAUACUCAAAAGUCCAAAUGACAUGAUCUCAGAAGACGCCCGUGCCGAGAUCUUGCAAACAUUCACAGUCUACACGAAAAGGUCGAAGGAACUCUUUACUUCCUUGCACUCGCAAGUGGCACGGCUCACGCAAAAGGACUUCAAAGCGUCCAUCAGAACGGGCAGAAUUCUCGACGAAAACCAGGCAGACUUGCGCCAAAAGACAGAGCUCGAAAAGGUUUUCGCAUCGAAUAUGGCUCCCUUGUGUGAGAUUUUCAACGUGGAGUAUCCAUCUUUUGAGCCCGCCGAAAACGAAAAGGCUUCAGAAGUUGUAGUCAAACCCAGCAAAGUCGUAGGUUGGUGGGAAGAUGCUCGAGAAAAAAGCUUCUACACGGAAUUCUCCUCUUACGAAGAACUUUGCAAGACGUUCGAUGCGUCGGCUAUUCCUUCAAAGAAAUACGCAGCACUCACAGAAGGAGAAAAAGUGGCCUUAUUUGUUCAGCACUUGAGCGAAGCUUCGUCGGAAGAAGAUGUCGACCGCUUGACUGUGGAGUUCCACAGUAUGGUUCCAUACAACAAAGCCACGCGUAACCGUCUCCUUCGUUUUUUCCUGGAGAUCCGCAAAAGCGACAACUUUAACAUUUACGCUCGGUUCCUCAAGAUCAAUGCCGAUGUUUUCCCUGAACUUCUAACAGAAUUGGUGGAAAUUCUUGAUCGCGGAUUCAGGACCCAGAUCCAUCACGGUGCAAUAAAUUUCAGGAAUCUCACGUUUUUCAUCGAGUUAGUGAAGUUCAAGCUUGUACCGCUUCAUAUGGUCUUCCACAAAGUGAGACGUAUGACAAUGGAUAUUGGACAAACAGGAAACGUUGAUGUUCUUCUGGUAUUCUACGAGCGGUGUGGCAAGUUUCUUCUAUUCGAACCAGAAUACAGCGCUACAGCAACAGAAAUGAUUGCGUUAUUGAAGGAACAAUCGAAAAGCGAUAAGCUCUCGGUCAACCAAAAGCUAGCGCUUCGAAACAUGUCGUUAAUCGUCGAUUCUUUCACUCUGGUGAAAGAAAUUGAGCCCGAAGUGAAAAUGGAUCUCAUGUACGAAUUUGUCACCCAAGUGCUACGAAAAUUGAUUGUGUCGAACGAUCUUACGUAUGUGUUGGAACUCUUAUCCAAAAUCAAUUUUGCCAAGGAUGAAAAUGCCCAACAUGCAUUUUUAUCCGUUUAUGCGAAACCAGAACUUAUGGUUCUGGAUAAAUUGGAAUUGAUGGCUGAGCUCUUACGACGUCUCGAUAAGAAAAAUGCGUUUUUGAUUACCAUGGUGGUUGACAAUUUGACGGAAGGUGUUAUUCGAUGUAUGGAACGCAACGACUAUCGCCAGAAUGUUACAAGAAUAGCACACAUGAAACUUGUUGCGGCGCUAUUCAAUCGCAAAGUAUUGUCCUUCAAAAGCGUAAUAGACCUUUUAUUCAAGAUUGUCUGUUUUGACUAUCCUAACAACCUCCCACUUCCAGGAUCACUGAUGGGCAGUGAUUUGCCUGACGACUAUAUCCGAAUCAAUUUGGUGUGUGCAUUGUUGAAUUCUAUUGAGAUACGUAAAGUGGCGAAAGAAAAGCUUCUAGAGAAAGGCGUCAAAACCCUUGAAGGGUUCAUGAUUUUCUUCAGCUAUUACAUCUGCUGCAAGCAACACCCAUUGCCCAUGAAUGUGCGCUUCAACAUCGAUGAUUUAUUCCGCAAGUUCAAUCUUGUCGCAUCAAGACCUCUUGACAAGCCAACAGACGUCCGGUCGGCCAUGAUAGCACUUCAAAAGUACAGCACUGCUGAAACUCAGAUUGUUGAACUGAGCUUAGCCGAGACAGAGACCAGCGAAGACGAAAGCAGCGACGAGUCGGACUUUUUGGCCAAGGCCAAUGACAUUGGAAGCGGCAACAACCAGGGAUCAGAAGCAGAAAUUAGCGACAAAGAGAGUGACGGCGAUGACUUCGAUGAUGAUGAUGAAGAAGAUGAUGAUGAAGACGAUGAAAGUGAUGACGAUGAAGACGAUGAUGAUGAAGAUAACGAUACUGACACGGGCAGUAGCGAGGACAGUGAUAGCGAAUAUCUUCUGGAUAGCCAAUUAGAAGACGAGCUAGAGGAAGAAAGAUCCCGAGCACAACAGCAGUUGGAGCUAGCAGAGCUCGAACGGAAGGAGGCGCAGAACAUGGACAACGCAAUCAAAGAAAUCAUCAACAAAACCACACAGAACGUUCGGAGCACAACUACUUUCAAGGUCCCUGCUCCGUCGCUGCUUUUGGGCAACGACACGGCACGCAAGGGCAAUUUCACGUUUCUCUCCAAGUCCAACAAGGUUCGUGACUUGGCUAUGCCGUCGGACAAUCAGUUUGCUGAGCGCAUAGCACGCGAACAGCAGGCCCAGCGGGCCAACAGAGAGAAGAUCAUGAGUUUAUUGACGAUGCAAGAGUAA